AGGACCCCCCCCCCCCUUCCCCUUCCCCCAACUGUCGAACAGAAGGAAUCUCUUCUAUACACUACCGCGUCCGGUGGAACAUCAUGUCUGCUAUGAGGACGUUGACGGUCGCGGGAUUGUUUCUGGCGUUUUGCGCGUUGGGACUCAUAGCAGUCGCAAUAUGUACUGACAAUUGGUACGAGACGGAUGCAAGGAGGCACAGAGAACGUUGUAAGAAUUAUUCCAACAAAAGGAACGACCCUGGAUUCAUCUAUAUCUCCAACCAGAACCUCCCACUCCGUAUGCUACCGAAGGAGAAUAACGUGGAGAGGAAGGGGUCGAGUGGGGGACUCCUCCUGCGGGCUAAGCGGCACUUCUUGCCCCCCGCCCCGGCCAUGGAGUCCGUCUGCAGUCGGCAGUACAACUCUACCAUCUCCGGGCUGUGGAGGAAAUGUCAUCGGGAGGGAUUCGACCUGGAGACAGAGGAUCUCAUCUUUAAAGGUUUAGUUCAGCGCUGCACACCAAUAAAAUACUACUACUAUUCUUUAGCCCUCCCCAGAAAGCUGAGCAUCAAUAUAAUCAAGACUAUUCGUCAGGAUGAGUGGCACGCACUCCACCUGCAGAGAAUGACAGUCAGUUUCAUCGGCAUGGCUGUGUCCAUCAUCCUGUUUGGCUGGGUGAUCGGAGCUCUGGGCUGCUGUCAGCAGCAUGACCUGAUGCAGUACGUAGCGGGACUGCUCUUUCUCAUGGGAGGAACGUGCUGUAUCAUCUCUCUGUGUACAUGUGUAGCAGGGAUCAACUUCCAACUGUCCCGUUAUCCUCGGUACAUGUAUGGGAUCCCAGAGGACAUCAGUCACGGAUACGGCUGGUCCAUGUUCUGCGCAUGGGGGGGCCUAGGUCUCACCCUAUUGGCCGGCUUCCUGUGCACGCUGGCUCCUUCCCUCUACCCCCCCGUGCCUCACACUAUGGUAGAGAGGCUGCAACGCAAGCCUCGACAUGAGAACGGCUGUGUGUGACACCAUAGAAAUAGAAUUACUCUUUGACUUCAAUGGGAAUGUCCAUUCUAGUAAUGGGAAUGUUCAUUAUAGUAAUGGGAAUGUCCGUUCUAGUAAUGGGAAUGUCCGUUCUAGUAAUGGGAAUGUUCA